CUAAUCAAAUACUUUUCUUCUGACUACAUAGUACAGACGCUGGAAGUCGUCGUCGUCGUCGUCGUCCUCCGUCUACAGGAGUAGCGAAAGAGAUUUUACUCGUCCACAGGCAGUCCGUUGCCGGCACGUUGCAUUUUGCAGUGAUCUAAGUGUUGCUGUUCUCAGUCUACAGAAGGUAAAUGGCUAAACAGACAUUAAAGAUUUCUGGACGGUUUCCUGAGUUUGGUGCUAUUUUCAUGUCAAAUGGCUCUACAUGGGAAGAGUGCUUGAAGAGGAAGCUGUUUGGACUUCCGUUUUCUCAUGCAGAGUUUGUUAAAAGAGUUAAGGUUGGAAUGAUCUUGUUUCUCUUUGAGUAUGAGAAGAGAGAACUUUUUGGGGUUUUCAAAGCAGCUUCGGAUGGUGACAUAAAUAUUGUCUCAAAAGCAUAUGAUUCAUCAGGGAGGCUCUUUCCUGCUCAGGUUAGGGUUACCAGAAUCUCGAAUUGCUAUCCUCUUCCUGAAAAUGAAUUUCGCCAUGCUAUUAGAGGAAACUAUUUUGCUGAAAACAAGUUCAACUUUGGGCUAUCUCGUGAUCAGGUAAAUGAGCUUUUACGCUUGUUUGACUCAAGAAAGUUAAGACCUCUAGGACCUCAAAGCUGUAUCAGAAAUGAAGCUGGAGAAAGAGGUUGCAUGUCUUCAAUUACAAAAGCAAAAGUGGGGAAACAUGGUCGUCAUUAUACUGAGAAAGCCAGGAAGAAACAGAAGAUGGAUGUGGAUGUUAUAUCUGAGUCUAAUCUACAUUCCUUCGCACAUUCUGAUAGAUUUUUUGUGGCAGAUGAUUCUCGGCGCUCAGCUUCCAGGAAUUCAAUUUACUCACGGAAGGUAUCUAAGAACAUAUGCUAUCAGCGUGCACGUCGUGAGGCUUGUUUCCAAUCUUCAAUAGCUUAUGUCUCCACUGCUUCAAGACAUGGAUUGGGCCAUCACUAUGACACAACACGAAAACAACGGGUUAAUUCUGGAAAAAAGCACAAGGAACUAGACAUUUCUUCUAAAAGGUUGGAUGGUGACAUAGGAGAUUUCAUAGCUUUAUCACCCUCAUCGGAUGAUCAUGACACAGAAGAUUUCGUACCUCUGUUGUCCCCUCGUGAUCUUGAUCCUAGAGAAUUCAAUUCCAAAGCACGAGGUAAGGAGUAUAACAAUAAAGCAGAUGAAGCAGUGCUCAGAGUUAGAUCAAAGAAAGACUUCAUUACUGAAGCUGAUAAAUCAACUAAAGAGAUCAUGGAAGAAUCGCAGCGAAGGCAUGGAAAUGGUGAUAAAAAAUGGAGAACAGCGAGAUGUUUUCAAAAGAAAAAUACGCAAACAGCAAGGGAGAGGACAAGUGUAUUUCUACGCUUGAAUCGAAUUUGAAGAUCUCAUGUGCAAGACAAUGAAAUUGCUAUUAGUUUUCAACUAGGAGAUAGCGAGCAAGGGAGAUGAAAAUAACUGAAGUCACUGUUUAAGGAAGAAAGUCUGUUGUGUGGCACAUUACUAUUAAGUAUUGUAGCGUAUUUCAAAAACAACAAUCCUUUCUGCUGUAGAAAUUCUGUUCUAUGAGAUAUCAUGUUUUUGGUUUGACACAGACAGCCAAAUCUUCAACAGUGGAGCGAGGUGAGGGAUUUUAGCAUCAAUCAAGGUGAGUUGGAUAA